UCUCUCUCUCUCUCUCUCUCUCUCUCUCUCUCCAACAGUUUAGAAGAUAAGUUAUCUUUUCUCCACAUAUAAAAUCAACGAGGCCUCUGUAAGAAGCAAGUUUUUUGAAGGGGUGCUGAUUAAAUAGUAAUGAGUAAUCCUCAAGUUCCAAGCCCUCCUCACUUGUACCCUGUAUCACUUCAAAUUAAGCUUUACCAAGCUUUUAUAUUCUCAAUACCGAUUCUCUUCUCCAUAAUUCUUUUUCUCUUGUUUUACUUGUUCUAUCUCAAGAGGAGGGCUACCCCUGUUUCCUCCCCACAACCACCACUCCCGAGAACCUCACUUGACGCCCCCUUGGCCUCUUCAAGUGUGAUUGGUUUGAAGGGUAACAACAAACAGAAGCUGCCCGUAAUCUUGUUCGAUGAAGAUAUAAGGACAAGAGAACCGAUGUGUUGUGUUUGUUUGGGAGAAUUUGAGUUGAAAGAGGAGCUGAACCAGAUCCCGACAUGUAAACACGUGUUCCACAUCGAUUGCAUACGCUUCUGGGUCCAUUCAAACCCAACUUGUCCACUAUGUAGAUGCUUCAUUGGACUACCCACCAAUAGAGCACAUGCUCCUGUUGGACCCGACCCAAUCAGGCAAGGUAACUGGGACUCCGACCCGAACCCACAGAUGGUUUAUCAGGAGCAAUUACAAGAACAACAAACGGGUAGACUUGAUGCAGAUGUGGGUAAUGAUUCAAGAAUACAUGAUCAAAUGGAAGGAUCGUCCAGUUCUAUUCGUAUUGAAUCAACUUGCAUGGAGAAUGAGAUGGGUACUUGUUCACAUCAAGAUUAUGUAGUUGUUACUAUUCAUACACACAACAGUUGAACGUCUACACCAAGCUUAUUUUGGAACGGAAAAGAAUAAGAUUCAGUCCAAGGGUUAUAGGAGAAGGGUAAGCUUUUACAAAUCGUAGCGAUGAGACUCGAACCCUGGCAUAUAGGGGAUUGAUUUACCCAAAGGACCAGUAUUCAUAGCGACCCACGGGGAUUAGCACAAUGCUUAUCGAAUCCCCAUUUGUAGUGGGAUUAAAAAUCUUGUGCUCCCUCACUUGCCAAUUUCAAAAUUGGCGAACGGCGACCCAAUAUAUUGCUUGCUUUUGUACGUAUCUCUGAUAAACCUUCUUCCCAGUAGUGAGAUACAUUAGUACGAGUGUUGUAUGAAAUGAGGCUUUUUUCUCGAAAGAGUAAUAAUGCUAUAAAGACACAUUGUAUC